GCUCAAAAGGGAAAGCUCUGCUCGGCCAAGCCGGGCUUGCUUGCUUGCUUCCUCGCGCGGCGUGAGUGUGCUUCCUUCUUCCAAGGGCAGCAUGGAGAGGCUCCUGAUCCGCGGGGGGCGAGUGGUGAACGCCGACUGCUCGCAGGAGGCGGACGUCUUGGUGGAGGACGGAGUGGUGCGGGCGGUGGGGCCCGGGCUGCGUCCCCCGUCAUCCGCGGGGCUGCGGGUGGUGGACGCCGCCGGCCUCCUGCUCCUGCCCGGGGGCAUCGACACCCACACCCACCUCCAGUUCCCCUUCAUGGGCACCCAGUCCAAGGACGACUUCUUCCAAGGCACCAAGGCUGCUCUAGCAGGAGGCACUACAAUGAUCAUUGACUUUGCAAUACCCCAGAAAGGUGGCUCCCUCAUUGAAGCUUAUGAGAAGUGGAGAGGCUGGGCAGAUCCAAAAGUUUGUUGCGAUUACGCACUGCAUGUGGCCGUCACCUGGUGGAGUGACAAGGUCAAAGAAGAGAUGAAAAUUCUUGCCCAGGAAAAAGGAGUCAAUUCUUUCAAGAUGUUUAUGGCCUAUAAAGAUCUCUAUAUGGUGGGAGACCCAGAAUUGCAUGCAGCCUUUUCUCAGUGCAAAGAAAUUGGAGCAAUUGCUCAAGUCCAUGCAGAGAAUGGGGAUUUGAUUGCAGAGGGUGCAAAAAAAAUGUUAGCCCUAGGAAUAACUGGUCCCGAGGGGCAUGAACUGAGUCGCCCAGAAGAAGUGGAAGCAGAAGCCACCCAGAGAGCAAUCACCAUUGCCAGCUCAGUGAACUGUCCUCUCUUUGUAGUUCAUGUGAUGAGCAAAUCUGCGGCCAAGGUGAUUGCAGAUGCUCGGAGGCAAGGGAAAGUUGUAUAUGGAGAACCUAUAGCUGCUGGUCUUGGGUUAGAUGGCACUCACUAUUGGCAUAAGGAAUGGCAUCAUGCUGCAGCUUAUGUAAUGGGCCCACCAUUGAGACCAGAUUCAACUACUCCAGACUUUCUCAUGAACCUUCUAGCAAAUGGUGACCUAACUGUGACAGGGACAGAUAAUUGCACCUUUGAUAUCUGCCAGAAAGCUUUGGGAAAGGAUGAUUUCAGAAAGAUUCCAAAUGGACUUAAUGGUCUGGAGGACAGGAUGUCAGUUAUAUGGGAAAAGGGAGUGCAUAGUGGCAAGAUGGAUGAAAAUAGAUUUGUAGCAGUUACCAGCACAAAUGCAGCUAAAAUCUUUAACAUGUACCCAAGAAAGGGAAGAAUUGCUGUUGGCUCUGAUGCUGACAUUGUUAUUUGGGACCCAAAAGCUACAAGGACAAUCUCAGCAAAGACCCACCACCAUGCUAUUGAUUUCAAUGUUUUUGAAGGAAUGGUCUGCCAUGGAGUUCCAGUUGUGACCAUUUUACGAGGCAAAGUGGUUUAUCAAAGCGGAGUGUUCAGUGUUACAGCUGGAGAAGGAAAAUAUAUUCCUCGUGAACCAUUCCCAGAAUAUGUCUAUAAACGGAUCAAGCAGCGUGAUCAGGUCUGCCAGCCUGUUCCUGUGAAACGAGCACCUUACGUGGGCAAAGUGAUUUCAAUCGCUACAGCGCAAAAAUGAAUGUCAUGAUCCAACUGAUCUUCUGCAGAGUGUGUUGGCUCUUCCUGCCUGCAGAAUGGAAAUGCCACCUGGAAAUAAAGAAUUCAGAGAGCUGUAGAUCCUGAGAGACUGAGUCUCAAUUGACUGAGUUUGGAACUGGAAUAAUGGAUGAGGAGAUCGGAUUGUGAUUUUACUGAUGAGAUGUGACGGAUUAGUUAUUGGAUGUAUUGAUGUUUGUUCAUUUACUUAUGUAUUGUUGUAUUGUUUUAACUGCUUUAGUGAUUGUUUAGACGCUAAUGCUAUGCACUUUGUAUAUUGUCCUGUUGUAAACCGCACUGAGUCGCCUACAGGCUGAGAUAGUGCGGUAUACAAAUAAAGUAAAUAAAUAAGAGACUGGGUUAUAGACACAGAUAUGCUUAUAUCUGCCUGUAACAAGUGUCUGAGAUAGAGACUGGGAUUUAGAAAUAAAGAAAUGUUUUCAGAACAUCAUUUAAAGAUAAAAAAAAUACCCUUUAUUUUUUUAUCAUCAUUGGCACCAUCACAGGCUUACGGACAAAGUUGGUUCCCCUUGGUUCUCACUUUUUCCCCAUUAGUGUUACAGUCCAAGUUGACCUCAGACUUCCAGCCUGAAUAAAAUAUUCCCUUCCCACAAGGCCCAGUGCUUGGGUUGAGUAAGUGUUGGUCCUCUAAUGAAGUCUCCAACAGUUGCUGUGGGGCAAAAUUGAGGAGGAAAAUUCUUGCUCAGUUUUUCAGCACCAGAUACAGGAAAACCACUUCAGUACUUAAUCUCUACAGUAUCCUCUUCCAUAUGAUGCAGAGAAACAUUUCAAGACAGCAGUACAAAACUUUCGGAAUAGGAAUUAUAUAUGCAUAAGAGGCUCCAUUAAGUAGCCUAGCUGUUGCAUUCUGUGCUAGCGGUAAUCUCUGAACCAGCAGUGGGAGUAGUUGCCUAUAAAAUGCAUUACAACAGUUAACAUAUUUCAUUUUUAUUCUAUCUUUUCUUCAGUGCAGCUUACAACAUUCAUUGAAAGAAUACAACUGUAAGAAGUAGCAUCAAAGAGCAAUUAAAAAUAAUAAACUAUUAUCUUUAAAAUGA